GUCCUUCGUAGAUGCAAAUUCACAGAUGCUCUGUGUCCAGCAAUUCCGAGUCAAUGGUCCGAAAUGCUUUGUCCAGAGCUAGAAUACACACGCGGAAUGUCUUUCCACGGCGGUCUGGGCUUCCAAUUGCAUUUCGCAGGGCUUGUUCCCUGAUCCUGGCUGGGAGUUCUGGCCCGUCUCCCAUUCUCUCAACAUGUCCAGCACUUCUACAGCGAUCAUGCUUUCAUGCUGAACCUCAAGAGUCUUUUUCAUUUGUUGAUGACACGAUCUACGCCGUUUCGACGGCUCCUGGUAGAGCAGGAAUAGCGAUCGUCCGCAUUUCCGGGCCUUCUUGUCUCGAUAUAUAUAAAAGUCUUUGUCCUUCCAGGCCGAUUCCUAAAGCUCGGUAUGCCUCUUUACGGACGCUCUACGACCCCUCAACCCCGUCCGAAGUCCUCGACUCCGACGCGUUGGUCCUCUAUUUCCCAGCGCCCAAAACGGUCACCGGCGAGGAGAUGCUGGAGCUCCAUAUCCACGGCGGGCCCGCAACCGUGAAGGCCGUUCUAUCUGCCAUCCCGCGCUGCCCAUCCAUGACGCCUAUCCGCUAUGCGGAACCGGGCGAAUUCACGCGGCGGGCCUUUCAAAACGACCGGUUGGAUCUAGCACAGGUGGAGGCAUUGAGCGAUACAUUGUCCGCGGAAACCGAGCAGCAACGACGCGCUGCUGUGCGAGGAAAUUCUGGAGAGCUGGGUCGCACGUACGAGGGAUGGCGACAGCAACUUCUGUAUGCGCGGGGGGAGCUGGAGGCUCUGAUUGACUUUUCCGAGGAUCAGCAUUUUGACGAAUCCCCGGCAGAGCUGCUGACGAAUGUCGCGGCUCAAGUAGAGGCGAUGCUCAAGUCUAUCGCAUCUCAUGAAGCUGCUAGUCAUCGAGGAGAAUUAUUGAAGAAGGGGAUCCGGAUUUCGCUGCUUGGGCCUCCGAAUGCUGGGAAGAGCUCUUUAUUGAACCAGAUCGUGGGAAGAGAGGCGUCGAUUGUUAGCCAAGAAGCGGGAACAACCAGGGAUAUUGUUGAAGUCAGCCUUGAUAUCAGGGGCUACCUGUGCACAUUUGCCGACACGGCUGGUCUCAGAACGCACCCCGAACAGAGUCUGGGGUCGGAUUCGGUGAUUGGGGCUAUCGAGCAGGAGGGAAUCAGACGGGCAAAGGCGAAAGCAGGCGAAUCUGAUGUGAUCAUCGCCAUAGCUUCCGUCGAACCGACAGAUUCGGGUGCAGGCUGGUCGAUCCGCUAUGAUAUGGAAACAUUGGCGAUUGCUGCGGGGGCUUCCCAGUCACUUGUUGUGGUCAACAAGAGCGAUUCCGUUCCAUCGGAGGUACUCUCCUCUCUCAUGGCCGAAUUCCAAGGGGCACUAAAGCAGGAUAUGCCCGUUAUUACAAUAUCGUGCAAAGAGGCACAGUCGAAUCGCGCAACCCACGAUCCGGGACGUAUCAACUACUUUGUUGACCAGCUGGUCGCGCUGUUCAAAAACAUGACGGCCCUCCCUACCGAUAUGGAAGAUCUCCUCGGAGUCACAGAACGUCAACGUCAAUUACUGUCCGCAUGCUCCGAACACCUGCUCGAAUUCAUCGCUGAGGCUCGAUCUGACCCGGAGGGCGGGGAAUGCGACAUCGUCCUCGCGGCCGAACAUCUCCGUUCCGCCGCCAACUGCCUCUCGCGGAUCACGGGACGUGGGGAAGCUGGUGAUGUGGAAGAGGUGUUGGGAGUAGUGUUCGAGAAAUUCUGUGUCGGCAAGUGAAGGAAGGAGUGGGAUUGCUUCCAUUAUUCUAUUCUAUGCCCAGUCUAUCUAUGCCUAUGUCUAUGUCAACCGUCAUGAAACAACCAACCAACGUACGAAAUGAAAAGAGAU